AGACGUCUCUCCACCCCGGCGCAGCAGCAAAUCUUUCGGAUGUGCAGAACACCAAAUAAAUGCUACCAGUGGCAGUGUAAAACUAUCCUGGACAAUUGGCGGUCAACCGGGAGUAUUGGGAAACGAAAUUGCUAGUUUGUAAAGACCCAUCCGCUUCACCAUGCUUUCGGUGUCCCGUGGUGCGAUCGGAAGCUUCCGGAAAGUCCAUACAAGUAUCGUACGAAAGCAUGUUCUCGCUGGAAGUUGCUGCCAAAUCCUCGUUGGACGAAGAUGGUUUUCUCGCAAGGAAACAGCACAAAAAACUAUUGCCUCUCAAGGUGGCCCAUCAUGCCCUCCACCACCACCACCUCCAAGUCAGUCCUACACGGGAUAUCUUCUAGGAGCCAUCGCACUGACCGCAGGCGGUCUUGGCCUAGCGUAUUAUAAUGGACUUUUCGACAGUACACCACCCCCUGUUGAUGAUACGAAGGAAAAACCAUCCCAGCAUAAGGGACCGUAUCCACUUUCCUCGAAAGAUCUCCCAAAGCACGUUCCAUACCUCUUAAUUGGCGGUGGAACGGCCUGUAUAGCUGCGUUUCGAUCGAUACGUGGACAUGAUCCUAAAGCAAAGGUGCUGAUGAUAACGAACGAGCUAGAAAUGCCCUACAUGCGCCCACCACUCUCGAAGGAACUGUGGUUUAGCCCGUCCGAGAGCGAACCCCUAAAAUUCCGUCAGUGGAAUGGUGGAGAACGAAGCAUUUUUUUCGAACCGAACGAUUACUACAUCGAUCCGACCAAACUGAGCGAUGCCCCGAACGGCGGAAUUGCGGUGGCACGUGGGUACGAGGUUCAGCGGUUGGACGUUACUAAUCGCAAGGCGAUUCUUACCGAUGGCACCGAGAUCGAGUACGACAAGUGUCUGCUUGCUCCGGGUGCACGGCCAAAGAAUUUACCCGUCUUUGAAUCGGCGCCACUGGCCGUCCGGGAAAAGGUUACCCUAUUUAGAAGCGUUCGUGAUUUUCAGCGUCUCACGGAGAAGCUCGGCGAUGGCCACAAGGUUGCCAUAAUUGGUGGAGGAUUCCUUGGAAGCGAGUUAGCCUGUGCUCUCUCGAAAUCGGAACAGACGCGCAAGAAGAACAUAGAAGUUUUUCAACUUUUCAACGAGAGCGGAAAUAUGGCUAAAGUUCUCCCGGAAUAUCUUAGCCACUGGACAACGGAACGACUACGCGAAGAGGGUAUUAAAAUGUGGCCCAAAACGCAGGUGAAAGCGGCCGAUAUGCAAGGAAAACAGGUGAAGUUAACCCUGCUGGACGAUAGUGUGCUGUUAGUUGAUCAUGUCAUUGUGGCCGUGGGUUCAGAACCAAACACGAAUCUUGCCAAAACGUCCGGCCUUGAGGUGGAUGGUAGCAUUGGUGGUUUUGUUGUCGAUGCUGAGCUGAGAGCACGUUCGAAUGUAUACGUUGCUGGCGAUGCGGCCUGUUUUUACGAUACUAAGUUUGGAAGGAGGAGAUUGGAACAUCAUGAUCAUGCGAUCGUUACCGGUCGUUUGGCGGGAGAAAAUAUGGUUGGAUUAAAUAAACCUUACACGCAACAGAGCAUGUUCUGGUCAGAUCUUGGGCCUAAGAUCAGCUAUGAGGCGGUUGGUCUUGUUGACUCCUCGCUGCCAACGAGGGCCGUUUUUGCGAUACGCUCUGUUGAAGAGUUGACCCGUGCAGUUGCAGCAGCAACAACUGGUAAUGAUUCGGCAAAACUACAGGCAGCCAACGCUAAUGGAGACAUUAAAAGUGUAACCCCGACAGAGGGCGGUAGCGAAUCGAAUACUGCUGAAAACAAUGCACAGGAAGUACCAGAGAAAGAGGAAGAUGGCUUCAACAAGGGUGUAGUAUUCUAUCUCCGCGAAAACAAGGUCGUCGGUGUAUUGAUGUGGAACGUAUUCAAUAAGCUGGGUAUAGCCAGAAAAAUCGUCGAUCAAUGUACCGAGUGGGACGAUUUGAACGAAGUGGCGAAGCUGUUCCAUCUUCACGGACCACCGGCUGAUGAAGACGACAAAGAUUAAGUCUUGAGUAACAAUGUUUCGUGCUUGUAGAGGGACUAGGUGAAUGAGAAGCUAUGUAUUUAAAAGCACAUGUGCACGUACCAUCGUGGCAUUUUGGAAAACAUUAAGCAAAACAAAAUACAAAUUGCUGGUCAUCAUAGCGAAGGGGGAGAGUGUUACAGUGUUACAUGG